CAGUUACUUAUCUGACAAUUUCUACUUCUUUGCUUAACUUUUUUAGCAAAAAUAAAUAUUAAAUUGUGUAGCAAGUGUCAUGUGAUGAAACAACUUUUCCAAUAAUUAGUAGGUUAACAUAAAAUCAAAAUUACUGUGUUUGCUUAAAUUGAAGUCUGUAUUGUUAGGAACGUAGACAAUGUUUCGACCUGCCUCAAGUUUUGAUAAAUUACUUGAAAAGGCUACUAGUCACCUACUUCUAGAGCCAGAUUGGCCUUCUAUUAUACAGAUUUGUGAUCUUGUCAGACAAGGAGAUACUCAGUAAGCCCAAAUAUGUACUUUCGGCAAUAAAGAAGAAAAUAGUGAAUCCAAAUCCUCAUAUUGCUCUUUUUGGAUUGCAAGUUCUAGAAUCUUGUGUUAAGAAUUGUGGCAGCUUAAUUCACGAUGAAAUUGGCACAAAGCAGUACAUGGAACAGUUGUGGGAUGUUGUAAAGAACACUCAACAUGAAGAAGUUAAAGUAAAAGUCUUAGAACUAAUUCAAGCCUGGGCAUAUGCUUUUAGGAAAACUCCUAAAUAUAGAGCUGUUCAGGACGUGGUGAAUAUUAUGAGAGCAGAAGGUCAUAAAUUUCCGCUGUUGAAAGAAAGUGACGCCAUGUUCAGUGCCGACACUGCUCCAGAGUGGGCAGAUGGAACAAUGUGUCAUCGCUGUCGAGUACCUUUUACCCUGGUUCAGCGCAAGCAUCAUUGCAGAGCUUGUGGACAAGUAUUUUGUCAGCAAUGUUCAAGUAAAAAUUCAACGCUUCCCAAAUUUGGGUUUGAAAAAGAAGUCAGAGUUUGCGAGUCUUGCUACGAGCAGUUCCAUAAGCCUGCAGCAUUAUCAACGAAGGAAGCAGAACUUCCUGCAGAGUACCUUAACAGUUCGUUAGCUCAGCAAGUACAGGUUCCACCUCGAAAGACAGAAGAUGAACUUCGUGAAGAGGAGGAAUUCCAAUUGGCUUUAGCAUUGAGCCAAAGUGAAGCGGAGCAUAAAGAAAAAGAAAAGAAACAUUCGACUGGUCCUUCACGCACAAAUGCAGUAACAGUUACUAAAGUAACAUAUUCACCACCACCACCAUCUCCGGGCACAAGUUCGGUUGGAGUCGCAGAUGAUGAUGAAUUAUAUCCGGAACUGGCAAAAUAUUUAAAUCGGCAAUAUUGGGAACAGAAGCAAAUAGCAACAGAUGAUCAUAGCUCUAGAAUAAACAUUACGAGUCCAUCUGCUCCUAACAUUAAUACUCAUACAUCUCAAAAGAUAAUCAGUGUCAAACAACAAAACGGCGAAGUUGAUACAGAAAUGGAAAUGUUUGUAAAUGCCUUACAAUCGCAAGUGGAAAUCUUUGUGAAUCGCAUGAAAAGCAACUCUUCUCGAGGAAGAUCAAUUGCUAAUGACAGCUCCGUCCAAACUUGGUUCAUGAACAUCACAGCAAUGCACUCAAGGUUACUGAGAUACAUUCAAGAGCAGGACGACAAAAGAGUGUAUUACGAAGGAUUGCAGGAUAAGGUUGCUCAAAUCAAGGAAUCUCGACUUGCUUUAGAUGCACUGCGGGAAGAACACAGAGAAAAGUUAAGAAGGGAAGCUGAAGAAGCUGAGAGACAAAGACAACUGCAAAUGGCUCAUAAAUUAGAAAUUAUGCGAAAAAAGAAACAGGAAUACUUGCAAUAUCAACGUCAGCUGGCCCUUCAGCGAAUUCAGGAACAGGAACGCGAAAUGCAAAUGAGACAAGAACAACAAAAGCAGCAAUAUAUUUUGGGAGUCUAUCAGCCGCAUCCGAAUUUUAUUGGACCGCCUUCUCAAAAUUCUCCAGUGCAUCAAGUUCAGUACAUGAAUCCAGGAUGUAACUACAACUCGACACCUGCAACUCACCAGAAUGUUUACGGUUAUGGUCAGCCUCCAGCGGGAGGUUAUCCAAUAAAGAAUUACGGAUUACCAAUCGGUUCAAAUAAUAGCCAAGAGCAGCAGCAAAUGCCGGCUGAUUUUUCCAUGCAGGGCAGAGAAAAUCUUGGGCACGUUACGAUUUCUGGACCUUCCAUGAUAUCGCAAAUAAGUGGCAAUUCUGUACCUCCAUUACAAGCACCCAACCCUUCAGGCGUAGUGCUGAACGCCAACCUUCAAAACAACCUCGGUCACAUGAGGUCUCAACCUCAACAAGGAAUUCCAAUCCACGGUUCCUUGCCCCAGAGGCUUCCUCUACACGUGAUGCAGGCCCAGGGAUUGCAGUCACAAGACACUCAAAGUCAAAUGGCUUCUUGUCAAACUGGCCCACAAGUCGGCGGACAAAUAUCAACAUCUGUGCAUGACCCAUCCAACCCAAUGGGACACCACGCGACCAUUCAGCAGCAAGGGCCUUCUGUGUCUCACGGCAGUGCAAUGGAGCAACAUGCACUGAACAUCAAUAUUGAAACUCGAAAUUUGGGACCUAACCACUCUGCUCAGCUGCCACAUCAAGCUUCUGCUAUGGAGAGACCUGUCGCCUCAGGGCCUUCGGUUCCAUUCCCAGCAACCACAGCAAAUCAACCGAUCAACUUCAACCCGUUGGCUAAGCCUCAACCGACAGAGAAUAUGCAACAAAAGGAGGAGCAGAAACUCGAUAUUGCUGAACUUAUUUCUUUUGAUUAAUUAUUUUUUAACCCAUGCAACGUGGAAAACUUUUAAUUUCUUUUUUAACACUAGUAGGUAAGAAGAUCUUGGUAACAAACAUUGGUAGAUGAUGACUAUCAUCAAUCUAUAUGAAAUCCAGAAAAUUAAAAAAGUAUAUAUAUAUAUAAACUAAUGAAGAAAGGAAUAUCUUUUAAAAUAACUUUCAUUUGUUUUAUGAAAUUGAUGAAUAGUACUAUGCUACUAUUGAAAUUUAAAAAUGCAUUCUAUGCUGAAUUAAUUAAUUCUCGAAAUUUUAAAUAUUAUUGUUUAGAAAGUGUUGAAAUUUUCCUUGAACUUAAAAACCUGAUAGGAGAAUAGAAUUUUGUUUAAUAAUUAAAUUUUUAUUCAAGUUCUUAGUCUGGAAAUCUUAUUAAGAAAUCUUUAAGUUAUAGUGAUAUUUGAACUGCUUUAACUUUUAUGUAUGUAUAUUUUUCGCAACAAAAAAGGAAUAGGUAUAUAUAUAAAAUAUAAACAAUCCUUCAGAUAUAA